GGAGAGAGCGAGCCUGGCUCCCGCAACGAGGGGCGGAGGAAGGAGGGACUGUGGCGGUGGGAUGGUCCGGAAAUUCUGUGAUAAAAAGAGAGGAGCGGGGACAAAAGUAGGAAGAAGGUCUGGAAUCAUUCUGUCCCCUGCAAGUUCCCCGGUAGCCGUCGGGUACAGGUUGGAGCCUUUAGGAGCGGAGAGGAGCCGCCGCAUCCACCUGCCCGGCUCAGCGCCCGCCGCCAAGUGAGAGACACCAUUCCUAUUUCGGUUGUGCCUCUUUGCAGGCUGCCCUUCACGGACUCCUGGUCUCUGUACAUGUGAGGAGUGAAGGUGGGCAGCAUCCCUAAGCCAUGGAUUUUGUUAUGAAACAAGCGCUAGGAGGGGCUACCAAAGACAUGGGAAAGAUGCUGGGUGGGGAUGAGGAGAAAGACCCAGAUGCUGCCAAGAAAGAAGAAGAACGACAGGAAGCUCUCAGGCAACAGGAGGAAGAGAGGAAAGCCAAAUAUGCCAAGAUGGAGGCUGAAAGAGAAGUUAUGCGGCAAGGGAUUCGAGACAAGUAUGGGAUAAAGAAGAAGGAAGAAAAGGAAGCAGAGGCCCAGGCCGCGCUGGAAGCUAAUGCUGAAGGGAGUCUGACGCGCCCAAAGAAGGCUAUCCCUCCUGGCUGUGGGGAUGAAGAUGAGGAGGAAGAGGAGAGCAUUUUAGACACAGUCAUCAAAUACCUACCAGGGCCGCUGCAGGACAUGUUCAAGAAGUAAAAGCUGCAGACUGUUAAAAGGGCAUAAACACUACAGCAAAGGAUUUCUCUUUUGCCCAAUGGGGAUUUACAAUCUUGCCAUCCAUCACGCAUCCCUGUCCACCCCUGCCUUCUACUGCUCACUAGGAGUCCCUCUGCUUCCUAUUCCCUUCUGACUGCUUCUUUCCCUUCCCUCCACCCUAAGACUCAUCUAUUCUUUUUUUGUACAUAGACACAUCCAGUAGAUGCCUCUGAAUGGAUGUAAAGAUCAAAAAGCUGCAGACUACAUAACUUUUCUUACAAGCCAUAGUAUAUGUUAAAUAAUGCAACUGUAUGUUAAGCAUGGAAAAGGAGCAACCUCACGUGCAUUUCCAUCCAUAACAGGAAGGAGUGUUCACUAUGUAUGAACAGUGGACUCUUUAAUUUUCUUUAAUAAUCUUUUUAUUAUUAAUAUUAUUAAUAAUUGACUCACAUUUCCCAUUCGUUGUUGAGCACAUCUGCCUUUGGAAAGGAUAUCUCAGUUUUCCUAUAGAAGUAGAGCUUUUCUAUUUUUAUUUCAUCACUGACGUUAAUAGAUAUUUGAAAGAUAAACCAUGCAUGACUUGCACAUCUGACAUCACUUAGAACUGUGUUAGAAGUGAGUCAUCUGCCCUCAGAUGAUGGUAGAAGUUAAAUGGCUCAGAAUCUAAGCAAGAGUCAUGUUACUUUGGGAAUUAGCCAUACACUUAACUUGAAAGAUUAGAUUUGGCCAUACAGAGAGCUAAAACCAUGGGAGAGUGCAUGGUGUUCUGGUAGAGACCUCCCCAACCCCUUUGAAGCCAAUGACCAAGUUCAUAGGCUGGUUUGAUAAAUUAACCUUACUCUUUCUGCCCAGUUCCAUAUCAACUGUCCCAUUCCUAGCAGUGCUUGAAUGACGGACAUUUGGUUUCCCGUAUGUUAUUGCAACUCUGUCCUCCCUACCCUUUCCUGCAGUAUGUUGGGGAGUAUGGUGGCCUGAAUGUUAGCCAUGGCCCUGGAGAUCGAGAAAUCCUGAAUAUGCUUGAAAUCUAUCAUGCUAAACUACUGUGUUGCCUUUGCAAGGUUACUUAUUUUUCUGCUCCACCCAGUUUCUCCAACUGUAAAAUGUAAGCUUCAAUCUCUGUCUACUAUAAAGGCAUAGAGUGAGGAUGCUGCUUCAGUGCUGUGCAGGAACUAAUUAAUACUGUAAUAGUGUGUGGCAUCAUUUGAUGCUGGCAGGGUUGGAGGAAAUCUCUCUCACCAUUAUCUUUGUUGCCUUUCCAGACACAGAUACUUACCAAUACAGCACAGAGCUAUUGACUAACUGCAUAAGAUAAGCUAAAUUCUGCUAGAGUUGUUGACUUGCUAGUACAUAAGCAGACUCGCAUACGAAGACUUAUUUUGAACACCGACCUUGAUGAUCAGGUAUAUGGCUUUUCACCUGAAGAGCUGAUCCUUCAUUAUGUACCUAAAUUAAGCGUUUUAGUUCAAUGGAACUUAUUUGAUGCACAUGUUUAGUAGAACUGAUUUUUGGCAAAUAUCUCACAUCUCCCAGUCAAAACCAGGUGAUAAAGACUGCAAAUUGUUUCAGGCUGGAUCUACUAAUAAGACAUUGUCAUUCCAGUACAAGCUGCUCACAGCUUCCUAGAGGAAAGAAAAGUUAAGUUUCACUCUUUGGGGUAAUGUCAGUGUUGUUUUCCCUAACUUUCACUAAAGCAAGAUGAGCAUCUCCCCCACUAAUACUUUAAUGACCCAGAGCAGUGUUGAGGAAUGUAUCAUUUUCAAGGGAGAGUGUCCUACUCACCCCAUGUAAAUUCAGCAACCAGUAAUUUGAGCCUAUUUAAGUAAAGCUAGAAGAACUAAAUACUCUCCUUCUGUCACAAAUACCGCAGCUGGUUUUGAUGCUUUGCCACAAGCAGACCUAAUUCCAACACUUCUGAAAGCUAAAGAGUGGCCGCUCACUCUUUGCUUCAGACAGUCAUUGGCAGUGAAAUCUUUUAGCCCAGAUCAUACUGACAUAUUGAUAUCAAUACUUUUGAAAUGCUUACUAAGCUCUGUGACCUGCAUCCUCUAAUACCUAAGUAGAACCAGCAGAAAUGUGUCCCUGCUAAAAUUAAUGCAUCCAUUCAUAUUUUCCCCUAGCCUUGUGCUGGAGAACUCUCCAUAUAAAGAAAUAAAUAAAGAGGAUGAGUUCAUUCCACUUUGCUUUGACCUUCCUCUGUCACUUGCUUGUUUACCUUUCCCUAGCCCCCAUUGUGGACUCACUUCUUCAUCCAGCCAAAUAAUGUUCCUGGCAUAGAAUCAGAAUUCUCUGCCUGGUGGUCUUCUUGCAGAAUGAUACUGUCAAUUGUUUAUUUGUUCAUUUUCACAGUCUCCCUGACAGCUUGAUGUGCAAUGUGUGCACACAUAUGAGUGGGAGAUGAGGAAAAGGAUGGAGAAGGAAGAAGGAAAUAGUGUCUGGUAUUAUUUUUUCUAACUGUGUUUCAGCAUCAUAAAUGACUGGUCUAAGUCAGCGUCUUGUGUGGCAGGUAGUGCUAUCCUUUGGCUCAGAGCAUAAAAGUACUCCUUUUGUGAGCAGGGUUCUUGAGCUGUGUGUACAUUUGGAUCCAAACCCUGAAGAGAACUCUGUGCUGAGUUUAUUAGGCUUCAUGCCAGGCUCACACAGUAGGAGGGAGAGAUUUUAUUAAAAAAAGGUUUAUGGAAUCUUUUUCACGUGGGAGCUUCCCAGCCCAGCCACAUCAAUGCUUCUGUUCCUCAGCUUUCCACACCCACAGUAGUCCUUCCUCCCUGGACAGCAGAGAAUUCAGCCAGGUGUGAAGUUCCCGUUCUAGUUUUCCUUUUCUUUCAGUAGAGAGACAUGACAAGUCUACCACAGGUACUGGACAGGUUUUGCUUGGCUUUUGCCUCAUGUAACUUUUGGCACCUUGAGUGAGUUAUGGACCUCUCAAGUUGUGCCACUGUCCCCAAAGUGCCUAAGCCAUGCUGAACAGACUUGAGAGCAGGCACUCUCCACUCCCUUCUGCUCAUCCAUUUCCCUUCCCACUCUGAACUGGCAACGUGUGACACAGACACAUUAGCUCAUGUAAGGAUGUGAGAAGCACUUCCCCCCUCAGCAAUCAAGCAGGUGUUAAAGCACUUAAACAAGACCAAAGAGAAGCAUGGUUCAUUGUUUGGAUUCUGAACAUCUCUUUGUCUUUCCAUGUCAUUGGUUUAUUUGUGUUACCAGUCUGUUCAAUCUCAGGUAAAAGAGGUCUUUUACUUUUUUUAAUUAGUUUUUAUCAUCACAGAAAUGUUGGUGGCUAGACACUGUAGCCAUUUUUCUUUACAGCUCCAAGACCUUAAUAGUAAAGAAAAAGUCAAAGGGCCUCCACAUUUGGAGGUAAAUGAUUUAGUUUGCCAUUGACCUUGUGAACUCACAUUUAUCUUUAGAGAAAGCCAUAUGAAAUCAGACUGCAAUAUUAAUUAUGAAUGCUAUGCUUGUGUUUCAAAUAAAUAAAACAAAAUAUAAGAUUAUGUGCUAAAUCACUUUGGAGUUUCUCUAUGUUUCUAGUACCAUAUGUUUGCUUAGGUCCCUUCCAGACUCUCUCCUUUGUCCAGAAAGACCAUACCAAUGUGGCUGAAUACAUCAUUUUGGCAAGUUUACUGUGCUAGAAUAAACGUUGUUAGAAAUUAGCUGUUGUGACCUCAGUGUGGUGUCUUAUGUAUCUGAAAGUUGUCUGUAUCUAUUCUGAAUAUGUUAUCAAGGUAACUGUUUCUUCAAUUGCUGAGUUAGUAAAAUGUUUCAGUACUGUCAAAUGAAAAAAAUUGCUUGUUUUUUCUCUCUCACACACACAAAGCAAAAUUCAACUUAGCCAUGCACUUUCUUUCAGAUGCAUGCAGUAAUCUCCAAGCAGCUAGAAGGCUACUUAAAGCAGAGACUUUGUGAAUGUGAAUUUAAUUUGUUAUUUGCCUGCUACUUUUUCCUGCAUGAUGUUCUUUUAAAAUGGAAUCACAGCCAAUAAAAAAAAGUUAUUUCAGGCA